UGCAUGUUCACUGUUGAGGUAUAUUUAUUUCAGUGUUUUUUAUAAAUUUUAGAGGCUAAUUACUCCCUUCAGUUUGUGGAAAUAAAUAUUUAUUUUGAACAUAUUUUAAUUCCUCAGAUUUGUGUUAUGCCUCAUUCCAUGUGAGGAGGGCAGCACCGAGGGGCUAUGUGAUGCUCUGGGUGGUGAUGACCCUUAUUGUGGUAGUUUUCAGGACAAGGUCACCACCACUGCUGGGAGCCCCACGCAGGCAGAGUGGUGGUGGUGGUGGUGGUGGUGGUGGUGUGAUGACAGUUGUGGUGAUGUGAGAACGGUUGUGGUGAUGGUGGUGUAAUGAAUGUUGUGGUGGGGACUGAUGGUGAUGGUGAUAUUGAUAUAUAAACAGGAAGGGUAUGAGGAGAAGUGUGUAAGCGGAGGUGUUCGUGGUGUUGGUGUUGGUGAUGGUGAUGGUGAUGGUGAUGGUGAUGGUGAUAUAGAAGGCGAUGUUGAUGAUGGUCCAGUGAAUGACAGCAGUAGUAACGGUGAUGAGGGGAUGGUGGCGGUGGUGAUAGUUGUGGUGGUUGGGGAAGCAGUGAUGGCAGCCGGAGAAAUGGUGGGGGUGCUAGUGGUGGUGGUGGUGGUGGCUUUGAGUAAAUGAGAAGCAGAAAUUGAAUGAGUGGUGUGAGAGAUGAAAGAAUUAAUUAUUUUCUUCAUCAGAUUAUAACAGGAAUAUUUGAUUUUUACUUUAUUAUUUUUAGCAUUAUUAUUAUUAUUAUCAUCACUAUUAUUAUCAUUAUCAUUUUUAGUACAAUGAUUUCUUAUGAAUAUUACGUCCAUUUAGUUCAAGGUAGUAAGUAUACGUAAUAAUAAGUAUUAAUUCAAAAAUAUUAACCUAUGAUACACAUAUAACAUGUUUCUUUCUUUCAGGGAUGGUAAAAGUAUGUAACAUGUUGAAUUAUUCCCUCUAUGACCUUCCAGCCAUUCUUUUUACUGUGAUGAGGAUUAACUAAUGUAGAUGAAUAGCAUACAAGUGCCUAACCAGUUCAUCAUAUGCUUUAUUUUCUUCCCCUGAGUGCAAGUGAUUCAAAUAGAGAACACGUUAACAAUCACAUAUUCAUACACAUAACCAUCAUGUUUAAAUAACUGCUACACAUUCCCACACUUUGAAUUCGCUACACAGGACACUGGUCGUCGAAAGAGACUUUACACGAACACUUUCCUGCAGGCGCUUGUUUACCACACCACGCACCACCUGUAGGAUGUAGAGUGUAUGUGUGCCUACCUCUGGCAGUGUGCGUACCUGUCUUGCUCACGCACUCACCUGGAUGCAGACACACACUAAGGACUGCACGAAGGGAAAGGGCCCACACACACACACACACACACACACACACACACACAGCACCUCUAUAAUCACACACUACUUACAAACUACUGGAAAGAACUUGAUUAAACACCUCAAAAACACUGAUGUAGAAGUAUCCAUGCACAUUUAUCACCUCUUUCUUUCAUUCCCUAAACUCAGAGUAAAGAUGAGAGUAAAGUCAUUCCUUCCUUCCUUCCUUCCUUACCUUAAGAGUACUGUGGUGGCUUUCCUCAUUCCAUCCUUCAUCACCUUCUCCUUCUGUCUUUCUCGUGAUGUCCCUGAUCCACUGACUCCUAACUCCGUGACGCGCCUCCUCCCAGACAUGGCCGAGGUGCUGCGGGAGUUCCAGUGCAAGCUGUGUUUCAAGGUGCUGGGUUCGCGGGCGGCGCUGCAGAGGCACCUGAAGGAGGUACACCACAAACAGGAUUUGAGCACUGGCGCGACGUGUGACCGCUGUGGCAAAAUGUUCCAGAAUAAGAGUAAUCUCAAGAUACACAUGCUGACACACUCCGGAGUCAAGCCCUUCAAGUGUACCGAGACGAGCUGCAACGCCGCCUUCACCACCAAGCAGUGUCUCCAGUUCCACUACAAGAAGGUGCACGGCUACACGGGGGAGAGCAUGCCCACCAUCGAACGCUGCAUCCCCUACACCUUCGACUCCUACUCUGGCGGGCUUGUCAACGACCCUGGCAGAGGGAAGGUGCCCAAUGCGCAGCACGCCAGCCCGAGCAAUGUCAGCUCCGAAACGCCGUCUGAGAACACAUCCAGUCAGCAGGCCGAGAACUCCCAUGGGACUGAGCCACAGCCCGCCUCAGUUGGUCCCAGCGACACGCCACCUUCAUCACGGGCAGAUCUUCUCCUGGCAGCGGCGGCCAAACUGCCCCCAGCAGCAACCUUGCACGGUUAUGUGACCAAGUACGCCACGGCUACCACGCGGCUGGUCAGUAAAGGGUCUCGCAAGUGGCUCGGAGAUCCCCUGGAGAUGCAAGACCGAGAUUACGACCCCGAUGAAAAUGCACGUGAUGUGUACGACUUUGACGAUCGCCUGGAGGAAGAACUUGCUCAGAAGAGGAAGAAAGAUGAAGAAGAGACAGCCGGGGAAGAAAAGUUGUACCGGCGGGAGUCUAACGCGUCGCUGCUGGUGGAGGCUGCUCUCAGCGUGGCCGAGCAGACCCUCAAGAUGGACGGUCGGGUGGGUGGGGUGGGGAGCCACGACCGCCUCUUGGGCUACAGUGGCCGGUAUUCGCCCCUCCCGCCCUCGGCUGUCGUAACUUCCAUCGAGCAAAUCCUACCGCCUGACGCAGCCCUCGCCACCCACAUUAAGUACACCAGCGCGACGGAGGACGAGCGGGGCCACCUGGAAUACACACUUGAGCGAGAGUAUGAUCCACGUGACCUGCCUGAGGUGAUGGUAGUACAUGAGACCAUCGGGGCGCGUGACCUUCAUGACUCACUGGGCCAUGACCUGCACGACAACCUUCAUGCCACCCUGGACCCUCUUCCACCUUCAUCUGUCGGGGACGACCUGCACUCCCAUCACCAGACUGACCACGCCCACAACCUUACUCUUGUAAAAUCAGAUGAUCUUCCUCCUCCAACACCCGCCACCCCGGUGGAUCCUGGAACGCCCAUGGCUCCACCCACACCCCUCAGCUCGGGCGGGGGCCUGGAACCCACCCUGCAAGUAUUAGACCAGCUACCGGUGUCGCAGGGACUCCCAGUGUCACUGCCCUCCUCCCUCAGUGUCGGCCUGGACAUGAGCUACAAGCACUACCGCCACGCCGAGCUGACGCCCGUUGGCCAGGAGCACUGCCUCCCCAGCCAUCUGGAUGACUCGGAGACCUCCAUGGGGCUGGACCCCAUGUGUGAGGGAGGCCAUCUUUCACCCAGAAAUGACCAUCUAACAGACCAGCUGUCACUACCCGAGCUGCAGCCACAUGACUUCCGGGGCCUGCCCGCCCUGCGCUCUCCUGAGCCUCCCCGGUCACCUUACCUCUCGCCCAGCCCGACUCCUGAUGCUCUUCGCUCCUACCUGGUGACGACGGACGGUCUUCGCUCCCCUGUGCCGCUUGACCAGUGCGUGGACAUGACCCGCGCUAAUCUCUUCCUCCGACCAGCUGACCUGGCCAGCCUGCAGCAGCGGUAUCACGGGGAGGUCAGCCACCAGUCAGGUCGUGCCCAGCUGUACGAGCUGGAGAGGGUCCCCGCCCACUCGGUGGACCUGAGCAUGACCGGCCGCACGCUCACCUUCACCAGUGACGCGCACAGGCCGGGCUCAGUGUGCACCACCGUGUAUGUGUCGGAUUCACACCCCGAUGACCGCCACUCCCUUGACCUGACCCUUCCCCGGCAUGACCCUGACGUCCACCGCAUGGACUCGCCCAUCCACAACCACCCAGCAGCCCGUGGAAUGUCCCCUCACUCCCAACUGUCUCCCAAUAACCAGCUGUCUCCUCACAGUCAGCUCUCCCCUCAUAAUCAGUUGUCCCCUCACACUCAGCUGUCCCCUCACACUCAGCUGUCCCCACACACCCAGCUGCCACCCUACUCCCAGCUGUCCCCUCAUGGGCAAAUGUCGCCCCUUGUCAAUCUGGGGAUGGACCGAGGAGGAGUUGGCAGCCCUCCACUCUCCCCCUCUGCUAACCCCCCCUUACCCCCAAUCAGCCGCAUCGUUGCGCCUGCUUCUCAUUCUCCAUUGCUCACCUCAAGACAGAUGUCCCCCAUUCCAAGGUCUGACUUGUCUCCCUCUUUCACCACCCACACCCACGGGGAACUUUUCGUGACGGGAAGUGCAGUUCCCCUCCAGCCUGGGACCCCAGCACCCCCCUCUACCCCAAAUUCUCAGCUAAGUAAAGACAGAUCAUCUCCCUACUCCCAGUACCCGUCAUCUCCCUACCCCCGCCACCACAACCACUCCUCCCCGCCUCCGUCAUACCAUUACCAGUACUACUGACCGAGGCUCCCUCCCUCGCCCUCCCAGAUAGCGGUUGGCUCCCAGGACCUACUCUUCGCCCCAGAUACUCCAGAGGGCGGUCUCCUUUCCCCCUCUGCUCACUGUUCCUAGUACUGUACCAACGACAAAGGCCUGCCCGGUGUGGCCGCACAGUACCAGGACUGUCAUGGUCUUGACGCGUUGACAACGAUGGGGAAUACCUCACUGGAGGCCAGGCGUUCUUAUGGCGAUUUUUACUCAAUUAUUUUUAGGUACUGUCAUUCACCGUGGGCAUUUAUAGUUUAAAUACCCCGACUUCAUAAUUUAUAAGCUCAAUUCAACCCGCACUGAUAACUCAAAGGUUUUCGAUGAUCGUGAUAUGAACUUCUGAUAAAGAUUUGUGCUUUUUUAUAUGAUGUGGGUAAAUACUCUCUUGUAUUCGUGGUUCCUCUUCCUUCCCUCCUCUCAGCGACAAGGAGCGUCUUCCCCUGUUCUUUCCUGUCCCGUGUGACGGUCUUCCUCUAAGCGUGUGAGGCUGCCCGGCGGCGUGAGUUACGGUUGUCUUUUUACGGCUUUCGAAUGAACUUUUUAAGAGUGUCGUGUUUGUAGGAGGGCCUUGUAGCUUCCUCGUGUGUUGUGCCAAGGGUCACUCCUUCCCCUAGUUUUCUCAAGGACCUUCUUGUCUUGGUUGUGACCCUCAACUUUCAUGGUGUAUACAUGAUCGCCUCUUCCAACUCAGGGAGUGCUGUUUACGGAGUUCUUUCCAGUGAUCUGAGAGGCGUCAUCCAUAAGGGCCUGAGAGCAGUGGACUAACUGAAAUGAUGACACACUCCUCCUAUGCACUCAACUAUAACAUAUGCAAAUGCAAUAUAUAUGCAAUUUGUAACGAAGCCUGGCAUUUGCAUAGGCCAUGUUCGUGCGCCUAAGCAUCGCCGGACGUCAAGGGGAGUCACUCCGAGAGGCGGGCGGGCCGAGUGAGGGAGCCGCCUCCACACCUCGUGGAGGACUCACUCACCUCCUGAAAUGGCACCCACUGCGUCACUCUUAUUUUCUAUUUCGUGCCAAGACCCGGCACGGGGAGGCCGAGCCUUCUGUGCUUCGCAGGACCCUGGGACCGCGACCAGACAGUGUUAGUGAACGGAGUGAGAUAUAUAUUUUGCUGUUACAAUUUUUCAAAUUCCUUUAGCUGUUUUUUCCUUUUCAACUGUGAGUCGUGUAUAUUGUCGAGACAAACAGUGGCGAGUGGUCUUAUCGGGGUUUGUAUCCCAGGGCAGCCUGUUGUUUCUUUAUCAUUAUGUACAAAGGGAGAGUGGAAACUCGAUGUGAACCUUAUGUGCCAAUGUUUCUAGAUAACACUUGUUAGCUAUACCGUGUCUGAACCAUUCAUGUUGACGAUAUUUGAAGGUGUUGCAAUUGUUUUACGUGUGAAAAUGGACUAUUAAGUGUAUCCUCUGAAUUUGUGUACUUUACGGAUUGGGACUGAAUUCAAAGCAAUAAUGUAAGAUCGCUCCCUCUCAGUGCACUGACAACAGGAACGCCCGCUGGCUCGGCCGGCCAUUUGGUGCCUCGUCUUGCGACGCUCCCUCAGCCCGCGUUGACUCGUGCGGGCGGCGGCCGGACAGACAGACAGCCAAGUUUCCUAUGCCGAGUUGGAACAUUGUCUUAAGGUUGUUGUCCCAGUCUUUAAUUAUCUAGUCGAAGAAAAGCUAACGUACUGAUGAUUCUCUGGAGUAGCAAGAGACUGCUCAGGUCUAUAAAAACUGGAUGUAGAUACUUCUCUGUGAUAAGCGGUUUUCUUUAUUCUUUCUUAUAUUUUGUCAACUGACUGUCUCAUUCCUGUCCCCGCUCAGCACAACACUGUCACAUGUUUGCAUUGAAAGGUUUCAAAAAAGGCUCAGCAAAUUGCUGCAAAAAAAUUAUACAUUACAGAAGACGAUUGCACACACACACACACACACACACACACACACACACACACACACACACACACACACACACGUAUACUACAAAAUCAUCAAAAUCAUUGGCUGAGGAAGGUCGAUAAGACGGGAGAAGAGUAUACCAGUGGCGGCGUGUGGCGGCCUCCUCCCCUGUGAUCCCUAAUGUAUCAUGCCCCGUGAACGUUGUGAUGAGUGUCCCGCAUAUGUGUUCCCCCAAGUCUCUCACACCUGAAAGAGUGGUGUCAACUUUAUCACUGUAUUGAUAACCAAUCGUGUUUGUGUGAAAGUGUUAUUGGAAGUUAAAUUAUUUGUGGAAGUUUAUUAAUUAAUUAGAAAAUUGAUUAUUGUAUAUCGUUUUUGUCAUUGUCAAUUUUCAGGUGGGCAUUUCAAGUGAAACAUUUCCAUUCCAUUGGUUGAUGGCCUUUAAAGUUUCGAAGCUACGCCACCAGGUGCUUAAAUUACAAACGAGUCAGCCGAACGGCGAGGAGUCUUAAUGGUGAUUGCUAAGUUAACACCACUUGACUAAGGUUGUAGCUCCCCGUCAUCUCUCCCAUUCUUGGAAGCUACCUUCAGAAACCUUCAUAGAACUCGUCAUCUUGGAAUCUUAACACCGAUCACAUGCAGACCCGAGGUAAUUUUUUUAGGUUCAAACCAUUGUUGACCAACCAAAAUAAUUUUUUGGAGAAUUAUGGUAAUGAAGCAAUAAUGUACAACUCUACCUUCACUGUGUUGCCUACACUUGUUAGUUGGGAUUCCAUGUGACACAAAUUCUGGUCAUAGAAGGCUUUAAUGAGGUCUGUCAUGCAUUAGUCGUUACUGUGCACUCUGGCGCCACAAAUAGUACUACGUAGUACAUUCUGAAGUGGCUUCCAACAUCUUACCUUUCUGAAGUUUCGUUCAAAAGAGAAUGGAUGUCAGUUUCCGUGUUAGGCAGUGUAGAGGAUCCUGUAGUUUGAAGUUGCGAGUGUUUAGGAGAGGUCAACUUUUCUCAUUUAGGUGACAAGUGGUAGGUGUGGCCCAUAAUUUAAGUGGUACCAAAAUUAGGGCUCUCCUGGUUUUCAUUCAAAGUGCACGUCAGCAUGUUUUAUAUAUUUUUCCAUUGAUUUUUAAUAGAGAUAAAAAAAAAAGAAAUUCCAUUUGUAAUUUAGAUAUCACUGUAGUUUCCUUUUGUGUACGUAGUGUGUUUUGUACCUGGCUGAGAGGUGGAGUGCAACAGUGCAGCGGUGUGGUAGACGCCAUAGUUUUUUGAGUGAUGUGAUGGGGAGGCAAAAAAAAUAUAUAUAUAAAAAAUGAUGAAAAAAUAACAGGACACCAUUUUUCCACAGCAUAAAGUAUCCCAGCUAAAAACCAGACAUGCAGGACACCAGUGCUAAACAAAUAUUUGCAAUAACUGCCCCUCAAAAAAAAUAAAAAUAAAAAUAAAAAGGACAGCAGUUUUCGCUACAUUGUGAUUUGGUAAGCAAGUUUGUGUCUUGUGCAAUGCGGCGAGAAGGAUCACCCCCAGUGUGAAACAUGACCCGGUGAUUCUUCUCAGCAAAUCUCCGCCGACGGCAACACAGCACACGUCGCCUAGGAACAUCUGAAUAAAAAUUAGUAGAGUCAGUCAUUAAUUGUUUGCUAAAGAAUUCAUUGGCCAAAUUUCUUACCGAAUCAUUCACUUUUUGCAGCAAGACGCAUUUUUUAUAACUGCACAAGACCAAAACCCGCGGACCAUAGUUGCUGAAAUAAGCCAAGUUGCUCACGUGACCCGCCAGCCUGCCUGGGAGACGGCGCCGGGGCGCGGCUCCUCGCCCGUGCCCAGUGGGAGUGGUAUUGAGCUUUAGACCUUGAUUCUUCCAUGUUUUAGAUUAUGGAAAUGUUGAAGUUUUUUGGAUUUAUGAAUCUUUGUACCCUAUGAAUUUUUAAAUGUUAUUACAUUACUUGGAGAAUAAAAAAAAAAAACAGUAUUAUUUCGUGUCUGAAGUGUUCAGCAUGACUACUGAAUGUACCAAUAAGAUGUACUUAUGUGUGACAACCUGUGCUUGACUCGUAACGAAGCUCAAAUAUUUGAAUUUUAAUGUUAAUGAUCUUUAUACAUUUUCCCUGCUAUUAAGUGAACAUUUUAUUGUUUGUUUCUGUGAUAUAAGUUACAUUAAAUAUCAUUAAUAUAAAAGAGACUG